UGCGUUGGUGCAAAACGAGUGUGUGGUUAUUUAUUUCUUCAAUUAUUAAUUAAGAAGUGAAUUAAACCACAUACAAACUAUGUUACAAGAAAUAUGCAGAAUAUCAAUACAAAUCACAAAACUCGAAGAAGUGUACUUGACGUGGCACAAUUCCAUUCUAAGUGUACGGACAGAAAAAGGUGUUCAACUCUUCGAAUUAAAGGGGCAUUUGCAGGGUUUCCACAAAGGCAUUGACUAUGUGUCGACUUUAAUACCUACUACGAAGUCUAGUCCACUCACAGAACUGGUUCCACCGAAGUUACUUAAGAAAGGAGUGAGGAAUAUCGACUUAACAGAAAUGUUAGUAGAUCAAAGUUUAUGGCCUCACAAUCAAAGUUUAGUGCAAGAGAUGGCCAAUGUAGCCGAUUUCAAAUGGUCCCCUCGCGGUUUGCUCUACAACAAUGAAUGUGCUGUUGCAAUUUUGAACAAUGUAGGCAAUAUAGAGAUUUUUGGAUCAGGGCGGUGUGCAUGUGACAGAAUGUUGAAUCUUUCGCAAGUUAUCAAGCAGCAUUACAUAUCGAACAAUGUCAUAGGAAGCAACCCAAUUGAUUUCGAAGAGUUGAAGAAAGUAGCAAACAUAGUUGAGACAAGUGCAUUCAGUUGGGGUCCAAUGGUUGUCUCUCACUCUUGUAUAUUAACCACAGCACAAAGAAAUGGCAACAUUUUGUUUUGGCUACUUCAGCAUGAAGAAACAGAGAUGAAAGCUCGCUGCCUGGGUGAAAUUCAGACAGAUUUUGGUGAAGUCAUAACUAUGGUGUGGAUACAAAAAUCGGAUAACAAGUUUGUUAUUAUUUGUUCAAAUUCCCUUGGCCAAAUAUUUGCUUUAGACUGUAUCUUAGAAGACACAGUUAAAGUCGUGAAUAAGUCCUGCAUUUGGUCAUAUAAAGAUAAAAUGGUGACAAAAUAUACAUGUUACAAGAUUGUUGAUAACAAUAUUGUUUUAAUAUGCAACAAACAUAGGCAUUUACUUGGCCUUUUGAUAGACAAAAAUUUCAACGUUCUGUCACAAUGUGGUAAAAAUAUUAAUGACUAUAGAAUAACCGAUCUCCAAACCACUAAAAAUAAUAUUUAUAUGACUACGGUAAAUUGUAAGAUUUAUACCGUUGAUACAAUAAUUACAGGCGAUAAUUUAAAUAUCGAGGUCACACCGCUUAGUACUAAAGAGUCUUACUCAUCUUAUGAAUUGUACAGUGCAGCAUCAUCAAGCAAUGGUAUAAUUUUUGCCUUAGGAAUGAUUAGCAGAGAAAUAAAGCACAGAAAAACGCCUUUAAAUAUUGACAUCAUAUUUAUUGCGGACUUUGAACACACCUCUGAAAUGAACAUGCUAUUAAAAAAUCCGACAAAAAAAUUAACAUACUAUUGGGACUGCAUAGCUUUAUUAAGACACAAAAUGUUAAAAUUAAAGUACACACCUCCAAUAAACCUUCAACGAUUGUAUCAAGAAGGAUACAAUGAUAUAUAUAAGACGAAACUUUAUCUAAUAAUUUUGAGUUUUUAUGACGUCUUAGGAAAACAAGGUAAAUAUAUCCCCAACGACAUUGUACCUGAAGCGUCAAUAGAAGUAGUAAGAGAUAGAAUACAAAUGUUGCAUGCUUGUCAACUGGUGAACGAAUUACUUCAAAUCUUUAAAAAGAGUGAGAAAAUGUUAGACAAUAUUGAGUUAGAAUCGUACAUUGGCGCUAAAAAAUACAUUGAAAAUUACUGUGUUACAUAUGAGAAAGAUGUUCUGGAAUUUUUAUCUGAGAAGGCUUUAAAUUUGACGGAUACGGAGCUCAAGUAUAUCUGCCAGUGUUGCGAUGAAGAAAUUCAAGGAUUUUCCUGUAAAAACAAACACCUAAACAUGUUCUGUUCACUGACUUUCACUCCUAUAGAAAAUGAUGACUACCUUGUAUGUAAAGACUGCAGUUGUUUAGCUAGAAUAGAAUUGUAUAAUAAUGACCCUAUGUGCGUAUUUUGUGAUCUGUAUUUGAAUAAUGUUCAUUUGCCAAAAUUAAAUAGUGAAUUAUAGAA